GGCUGGAGGAGCCUCUCCCUCCUGAACUCAACUGAAGGGAAAGUCCAGCUCACUCCAUCCUGAGAGUUUGAGAGCAGCAGCUCGUCUUAAGCGUCUUCAUCGUCUUCAUCGUCUUCAUCAUCUUCACGGUCUUCAUCGUCCUCCUCCCUCUCAGCUCUCCCCUUCAUGGCGGCCCCCUCCAAGUCCUCCCAGAAGGCCAAGAAUGUGGCCAUCGCCCUGCUGGCGCUGUGGUCCAUCGUGUCCCUGGUCGUCAUCGUGGUGUGGGCGACGUCUCCGGACCUGAAGAGCUCGGCUCAGUGUCGGCUCGAGCUGCAGGACACCAGGGAGAAGCUGGAGGGCGCCAAGGUGGUGUGGGGGCAGGACCGGGUGGCGCUGGAGGAGAAGGUGGAGGAGGAGAGGGAGCAGCAGGCUCGCCUCACGGCCGACAACCUGCUGCUGCUGGGACGCCUGAACGCCACCAACACCUCGCUGGAGGCGUGUCUGCAGGAGAACGGCGUCCUGAAGUGGAACCUCAGCCUCCGUCAGGACGAGGUGGAGCGGCUGCUGCAGACCGAGAGCAACCUCACCGCCCAGCUCGGCCUGAAGGAAGAUCACAUCGACGCCCUGCAGCAGAACCUGACUCAGACUUCUCAUCAGACCGAGUCCUGCUUCAGUCUGAAGGACGCGGCUCAGAGUCAGAUGGUGGCAGCUCAGAUCCAGACCAGAGCCUGCGAGUCCAACCAGCAGUAUCUGCAGAGACAGCUUCACAAGUGUAAAGCUGGUGUCUCUCAGCCUCCUCAGCAGACGACGCCGGCGCAGCGGACCUCUGUUAAGUCGGCUGCCCCCCCCCCUCGCUGGCGUCCCGGCGCUGCUCUUCUUCUUCGCUCUGCAGCUGAGAACCUGAGCUGUGUGUUUUCUGAGUCUGAGAGUACUGUGGUCCAGGACAAAAGGGGGCGGAGCCUGGACCAACCCAAUGACUGCUGUACAAACUUCCUGUCUACACAAACAGAUUGCUAUGGAAACGAUGACAUCACGCUGACUGGACACAAACUUUACUUCAAGUGGACGAGCUGCGAAGUUCACUGACGUUUAUGAAUUAUUAACGUUUCACAGAGAUCACGGGUUCCACUUCCUGCUGCUGGUUUCCACUUCCUGCUGCUGGUCUCCACUUCCUGCUGCUGGUUUCCACCUCUUGCUGCUGGUUUCCACUUCCUGCCGCUGGUUUCCAAUUCCUGCCGCUGGUUUCCACGUCCUGCUGCUGGUCUCCACUUCCUGCUGCUGGUCUCCACUUCCUGCUGCUGGUUUCCACCUCUUGCUGCUGGUUUCCACUUCCUGCCGCUGGUUUCCAAUUCCUGCUGCUGGUUUCCACGUCCUGCUGCUGGUUUCCACGUCCUGCUGCUGGUUUCCACUUCUGCUGCUGGUUUCCACUUCCUGCUGCUGGUCUCCACUUCCUGCUGCUGGUUUCUACUUCCUGUUGCUGGUUUCUACUUCCUGCUGGCUUCUUCUGCUUUAGUCUGUUCAGUCCUGCAUCAGUUUUUAAACGACUUCAGAUCCUUACUGUCAAUCACCAAGUUCAUCACAGCGUUCAGUAACAUAUCGUGUCCAUCCUCGGCUCCUGUGGAGGGAAGCUCCGCCCACUGACCAAUCACCUCCUAUCAAACAGUAUGAAGCUCCGCCCACUGACCAGUCUCUUCCCCUGUCACCUGAGAGCAGAGGUGGCGAAUCGAUCAAUAAUCAAUCAUUAUGAUCAGAGUGGACAUGAGGAUGAAUUUAAACAGUUGAGUGACGAGUCGUCUUCAGAGGAAACUGAAUCCAACCUGACGUUGCUGUGAGGAACUUGUGAUGAUGACAUCUGUGAUGAAGUGAAUCUAAAACCUGAUGGAGGAUUUUUAAAGAGUGAAACCUGGUUUUACCAAGUCGCUGGUUCAUAUCUCAGCAGUGAGUGUGAGAGGAAUUCAGAUCGACUUUGUUUCUGUGCUUUUAUGAUGUUUAACAAAUGAAAACUCGUCACUGCAGCUGAAGAAUGACUCGGCUUUUUACUUUAUCUGAUGCUGGUUGGGAAUAUAGUUUUUUUGGGGGGAUUGAUGUCAUUCAUAUGAAUAAACCUGAUGAGUUUGUUA